AAUUCAAUUAGCACCGAAGAGUGAAGAAUCCUACUUUCCACUAAUGUUCUCUUCCAUUUCUUGUCUUGAGUCUUGACUGCUAUGCUCCAGCACAUCACGUUUCAUCAGCCACCCCAUCAAGCAUCAUAUAACAAUAAUUUCUUCCUAAUUUCUUCACACUCUCAGUUUUCGAGGUGCCCCCACUAUACUCCAAGACCUUCCUCAUAAGCAUUUUUGUCUCUGCCUCCCUGCUUCUACACACAAACACAGCAAUUAAGAAUCUCUUCCUUCUCUUCCCUUCUUAUUUCACAUUUUUGGGUUUCCUUUCUUUGUUUGGUUGGUUUGAAAAAACUCAUUGCUGUUUGAGCUGGGCAUCUCAGAAAACAUGUGCCUUUGGGGAGAGGAAGUUGAACCAUCUUUUUCGAAUGAAGAGGAAGUUGAACCAUAGCCUAAGCACACAAGUAAAGUUGGUUUUGGGAAACUCACUAAUGAGUUCUCCAAGGGGAAGUCUUUUAUUUACACUCUGACAUUCCCCAUUUCUUCUUCCCAGAAAUCUUCACUCUUCAGUCCCCAAAGCUUAUUUCUUUAAUUGUUCCUCACACAAGUCAGCCCAGUUCGAAGCUCUUCUUCUUCUUCUUUUUCUUCAGAUUUCAGUUCACUUCUGCUCUAUUUGAAAGUGGGUUGAUUUUGGGCUCUUCAAGAGUUUGGUGCAACAUCUCUCUGUUCUCAGCUGUUUCCAGGAUGGAAUGGUCACCAAGUCCAAACGAGCAAUAAUGGAGUGGCUGUUAUUGAUCAGCGGAGCUAGAUAUUCUUAAAGAUUCUUAGUCCCUUCCAUUGACCCUUUUGCCCUGCACUUUUCGACCAUGGCCAAAAUACCAGUUCCCUCCUUGCACUUGCUGCCGCUCUUUGCCACAUUGUUCACUACUUUGCUUCUCCCGCCAUGUAUGCCUUUAACAAUUGAAACUGAAGCCCUCCUUGAGUUCAAAAGGCAGCUCACGGACCCUUUGAAUUUUCUUGAAUCGUGGAAAGAGACGGAGUCGUCUUCCCCAUGUGAGUUCUCCGGGAUUACUUGUGAUUCAGGGAAGGUUACUGAAAUAUCUCUUGACAACAAGUCACUCUCAGGUGAGAUUUCAGCCUCCAUCGGUGUCCUUGAGAGCCUCACCACACUUUCAAUGACUUUUAACCACCUUACAGGAGAGAUUCCUGCCCUAUUGACUCGUUGUGCCAAUCUUAAAUCAUUGAAUCUGUCACAGAAUCAUUUGGUUGGAAAAAUCCCGGAUCUUUCCACCCUUAGAAACUUGGAGAGUCUUGAUCUGUCUGCAAACAGCUUAUCUUCCGAGUUCCCUGCUUGGGUGGGAAAUCUCACAGGUUUACAAUAUCUGGGCCUUGGGCAAAAUCUGUUCGAUGAAAGUGAAGUUCCUGGGAGUCUAGGAAACUUGAAGAACUUGACAUGGCUGUUUCUGACAAAUUGCAGCUUGAUGGGAGAGAUUCCGGAAUCUAUUUUCGAUAUGAAGGCAUUGGGAACAUUGGAUAUUUCGAGAAACAAGCUUUCUGGGAAACUCUCUAAGUCAAUUUCCAAGCUACAAAACUUAUUUAAGAUUGAGCUGUUUGCAAAUGGUUUGCAUGGAGAAAUCCCACCUGAGGUUGCUAGUCUCACCCUUCUGAGAGAAUUUGAUAUUUCAGCAAACCAAUUAUAUGGGGAGUUGCCUUCUGAGUUUGGAAACCUCAAGAAUUUAGUGGUUUUUCAGUUGUAUAACAACAACUUUUCUGGGGUAUUCCCUGCUGGGUUUGGAGAUAUGCAGCAUCUUACUGCUCUGUCAAUAUAUCAAAAUAAAUUUUCUGGAGAGUUUCCUGCAAAUCUCGGCAAAUUCUCACUUCUGCAGAGCAUUGACAUAUCCGAGAAUAAUUUUUCUGGUGGUUUCCCGAGGUUUCUUUGUCAAGCUAGGAAGCUGCAAUUCUUGCUUGCUUUGGAUAACAAUUUUGAUGGGGAGUUUCCACCUUCUUAUGCAGACUGUAAAACUCUAGAGCGGUUUAGAGUAAAUAUAAAUCGUUUGCAUGGAGAGAUUCCAACUGAGUUAUGGUCGCUUCCUAAAGCAACAAUCAUUGACUUCAGUGAUAAUGACUUUCAUGGAGCGAUAUCUCCCAGUAUUGGGUUUUCUGCUAGCUUGAAUCAGUUGAUGUUGCAGAACAACAAUUUCUCAGGUUAUCUUCCACCGGAAAUUGGGAAGCUGACAAAGUUGGACAGGCUCUAUUUGAAUCAUAAUAACUUCUCAGGUGAAAUACCUUCUGAAAUUGGCGCCCUGAAGCAGUUAUCAUCUCUGCAUGUUGAAGAAAAUUCUUUGUCAGGCUCAAUACCUCCAGAAAUGGGAAACUUAGUCAGAUUGGGGGACAUGAAUCUUGCCUGGAAUUCUUUAACUGGAAGUAUCCCACUUACACUUUCACUCAUGAGCUCUUUGAACUCUUUGAAUCUCUCUCGGAAUAAACUCUCAGGCGAAGUUCCCGAAAAUUUAGAGAAAUUGAAGUUGAGUUCCAUAGAUUUGUCUGAAAAUCUGUUAUCUGGGAGAGUACCAUCUGAUCUUCUUACCACCGGUGGGGACGAAGCCUUUCGUGGAAACAACAAACUCUGCAUCGACCAAUAUUCAGAAACACAUUCAGAUUCUGGUAUGAAUACAUGUUCUGAACAGCAAGGUCAGAAACGAGUGCUUAAAAAUAAAUUAGUUUUGUUCUCUAUCAUGGCAUCUGCCUUGGUUGUUGUUUUAGCUGGAUUGGUGCUUGUUAGUUAUAAGAACUUCAAGCGUUGUGAGGUUGACCAAGAAAACAAUUUGGAAGAGGGGAAGGAAAUAGAUCCUAAAUGGAAUCUUGCUUCUUUUCACCAACGGGAAAUAGAUGCAGAUGAAAUCUGUGAUUUGGAUGAACAAAAUUUAGUUGGUAGCGGGAGUACUGGGAAAGUUUACCGCCUUGACCUGAAGAAGAAUGGCGGUACGGUAGCUGUAAAACAACUUUGGAAAGGCAGUGGCUUGAAGCUUAUGACUGCAGAGAUGGAUAUUUUGGGAAAGAUUAGACAUAGAAAUGUAUUGAAGCUUUAUGCUUGUUUAGUGAAGGGAGGAUCUAAUCUCCUGGUUUUCGAGUACAUGGAAAAUGGAAAUUUGUUUCAAGCACUUCACAGGCAGCUUAAAGGUGGUCAGCCGGAAUUGGAUUGGUACCAGAGGUAUAGGAUUGCUUUGGGAGCAGCAAGGGGGAUUUCAUAUCUACACCAUGAUUGUUCACCACCUAUAGUUCAUAGAGAUAUUAAAUCAACCAACAUUCUGCUUGAUAACGACUACGAGGCAAAAGUUGCUGAUUUUGGGGUUGCAAAAACUGUACAAAACACUCACAAGGGUUCAGAGUACAGCUCCUUUGCUGGGACACAUGGUUAUAUUGCUCCUGAGCUGGCAUAUACUGCUAAAGUCACUCAAAAAUGUGAUGUAUAUAGUUUCGGUAUCGUUCUACUUGAGCUAGUUACUGGUAGAAAACCAAUAGAAGACGACUAUGGGGAAGGAAAAGAUAUUGUAUACUGGGUUUCUGCCAAUCUCAACGACCGUGAAGAAGUGCUGAAGCUUCUUGAUGACAAAGUGGCAGAUGAAUAUAUCCAGGAUGACAUGAUCAAGGUUUUGAAGGUAGCCAUUCUGUGUACUACCAAGCUUCCAUCCCUGCGUCCUACAAUGCGAGAGGUGGUCAAGAUGCUUAUUGAUGCUGAGCCUUGCACUUUCACGUCUCAGAGCAACAAUUCUGGCAAAGAGGGCAAGGAUACUUCCAGUCUGCUUUUCUCCUAGUAGUAACUGGAUUCAAGGAGUGUGAGAAUGUUAUAAUCUUUAUGAAUGUCUAAUGAAGUAGAUAAUUCAAGCUCAUUAAGUGAGCCAUCAACUGCAAUAGUUUUUGUUUCAACUUUCAUGCAAAUCGUUGCGAGUAUAUACAUAGGCAGAUUUGGCACUUAACUGCCACUCUUGCCCCUUAUUUGGCAAAUAUUUGAGACUCCAGUGUUCAACAAAAUCUUGUGUAGCUGCUGCAUGCCUUGACACAUUGGCUGCAACACCAGAGACCAAUUUCCAUGUAAAUACUCCUUUUGUAGAGUGAGAGCACGUUUGGUGGGGUGUGAGUGUGACUAUUGACUUGUUGUAUCAUACAGCACUGUACUAACGCUUAUCGAGUUGAGUUGA